AUGGACAAGUCUGUUAUUCAAAAAGGGACGGGUGCGAAGCCGGCAGUUCUUUGGGACGACGCGGUAGAAGCGACUUUUAAGUUUCGUGUAUUUAGAGAUACUGGGGAGGUGUUGGAUGAUUCAGCUGACCUCUGCUCAAAGAUGGACCCUCCCGGCGUUUUUCAGAUGCUUCUCGGCAAAAGCUUCAAGGUCGAACGUUGGGAUCCCUGGCUGAGAACGAUGCAAGUUGGAGAAACCGCCCGUUUUGCAUCUUCCGACAUCAACGAUUGUAUUCAAUAUACUUCUGUUUCGAAAGCCCUGCGUGAUAUGAAAGAGGGGCGAAAAGUUGGUGGCUGUAUGGGAUCGAUGGUAAAUGCACAUGGCCAUUCUCAUGGGGAAAAUGACGGAGAUGUGAUUCAAACCCUGAUCAAGAAUCCAGAAGAACUCACUUUUGAGUUCACGUUAAUCGGUGUCAAAGGCUCUGAUAACCACGAAAAAGAAGUAUGGGCGAUGAACAAAGAGGAACAGAAAGAAGCUUAUCCUAAAUUCAAGCAAGUAGGAAACGACCUUUUCAAAGCGGGAAAUUACCAUGCUGCUGGCGAGAAUUAUGAAAAAGCGCUGAAGUGUCUUGAUUUACUUCUUUCUGCUGGAAAAGAACGUGACAACUUGCUAUCAGAAAAAGUCAAGAAUCUAAGUAACUUGUCUGAAUGCCUUAUUCGCUUGAGCAGAUGGCGGGAAGCAGAGCGUCGCGCCACAGAAGCACUAGAAAUUGACCCUGAAAACUCAAAGGCAGUCUGGCGACGAGGAAGAUCGCGAGUUCAACUCAUGGAGUUAGAGGAAGAGGCUGCUCAGGCCGAAGCUCGAUUAAAAGCAGAGCUAGAAGCUGCCGAAGCUCGUAGAAAAGAAGAAGAGAAACAACAAAUACUGGAAGGUCUGAAUACGGAAUUCGAGUCUAUCCGCGUUGAGUGUACCAAUGGAUUGCUUGAGAAAUUCAAUGACGCGCUAAGAAAGGCGGAAAGUCGCACGGUAGCUCGUCAACAACAGCAGAGCUGGGACCGCUACAUGGACCAAUCUGGGCUGCCAGACACGAAUUCCAGGCAAGAAAUCGCCUCCUUUCUCAUGCAUCAGAGUGAGAAGGAAACAAGCUGGGAGCAGUUGAGUGCAACCCGCACGAAAGUAAAUCGCCUAAAAAAUGAGAUGUUGCAUCUGUCGCUCGACUACGAAAGCAACAUUGACGUCUAUCAGCAGGCAACUGAUGAAUUAAACUCAAUGAUGGCAAAUCUUGCUGAUAGAUUUUCAAUAAAUCUCCUUUCUCAACAUGAAAAGUUUCUGGAUUCAACCGCUGACUUUGAAGAGAGCUACGAAAUGGAGGAUUUUCGAAUCUACAUCUGGGCGAAUAUUCUCAAGAACCCACGAAAGCGACAGAUCGAAGCUCCGCGGGAUAUUAAAAUAGAACUGAAAAAGGAACAUGCGACCGAGGACAUCGCUUUGAGGCUCAUUUGGAGUGCGGAUGAUAAGUACACCGUCAAGUUUCCUACAUUCCAAAGAUCUUACGCAAAAGAGUUGAUUGCCGAGCCUGAACCAGAACCCGAGAAGGUCGAAGAAGACGAAAACGCUUCCCAGACUGGUGAAGCACCAGCAAAUUUAGAUGUGGAAGGAAAUACGAAAGAAGUUGGAGAUAAGUCUGAGGUAGAAAGUAACCACAGCAGUCUCGAUGAUGCUCGACCGCCGUCUGCGCCUCCUCUUUCUGAAGUUGAUCCUGUUGAAGAAGAUGAAACAAAAGGAAAGGUUGGCUUUGGCGGCGUCUGGCGAAUCGAAUACCUCGGCCUUCCACCAAGCCCGAAAAUGCUUGGAGAAUGGCUUGUUUCUUCAGACUAUAAAGUUCUCGAACAUCUUCGAGAGGAAGAUGAAGCGUUCGAGAUUACUCUUCCAGUUUCCGAUUGCCCGAGAUAUUUUUCUUUGCUACGAUGGACUGGAGAAAAGUGGUCCUCUGAAGGGAUCAAAAUUCGAAACGUCGAGAACGGGCUUGUUACUUUUUCGACAAAAUCACUUGGCGUUUUCCAAUGUUUCCAAAAAAGAUUCAACGACGGAAAUGUCUUCGAUAGCUGGAUCAUUAGACCCGUUGGCGAACAUAUUGAUUUAACGAUUAUUCAAAACUCCGUACCCCAUGUUUUUUCGAUCAAAUCUGAUGGACAGCUCCGACUCAAGAUCAACGAUAAUUUUGUGAACGAGGAGUUUCAAGAGCUGCGUGAGCUCGUUUCAGAUCUACGAACGAAAAGUCUGCACAUCUUACCUGUGGAGGAAAGCAAGCAAGUUCUCGAGUUCCUUGACAAAAAUGAUGAGGUUCUUGAGAACGCAUACUUGAACAUGGCUCACGCCAGUGGAAAAAGCUCUAUCAAAGACUCCGAGUUCAAUCAGGAUCAAGAAGCAAAUACUAUCGUUGUUGAUCUCAAUGGCGAACUCUGUGUGAUCACAGGCGAAAAAAUAUUCAUUGCUGAGAAAAAUUACAUUCAACCUCCUUCUCCCGAAAAACCUGAAAUCAAGGAAGAAGAAGAAGGCUUCGCAGAAGCUAUGGCUUCAUUCGAAGCGGCCACAGAAGAGUGGAAGCAAAAGGUUGCUCGGGAAGCGGCUGCGUUUACCCCAGAUUUCUCUGUUCCACGAUCAGGAUGUAAAAUCCUACCAACAAUGGCUCAAGUCGCUGAUCAUGGCGAUCUCGAAUUCACUGAGCAAAAUUUCACGAUUUACAAGCUUUGCAAGAUUUUGAUGCUUCUUAAUUUGUAG